AUGAGCGAGCAUUUAGGUAGAAGCAAGGAAGAUUAUGAAACUUUAGUGGUUAAGGAAAUCUCUAAGUUACCCAACAAUACUUAGUCGAUUGAAAAUAUCAUUAAAAUUUUAGAGGAUUUAGAAGAAAACAUUAAUAUAACCAUUGAGGAACAUUCUGUCACUCUCCUUUAAAUUUAAUUUUUAUGCUACUUGAUCAGUUAUGAUUUAGAAAAUGCUAAAUUCUUCUGGGCCAGAAUUACUAAUGAAAAGAAAUAGAAUUAAACCUUAUAAGAAAUCCACAAGAUAUUGUUUGUUCUCUGGUCAGGUUAGUAAAAUGCAGCUUUCUAAUUGAUAGCUCAAGUGAAUAGCAAUGUCAACAAUAAGAGUAUUUCAAGUUUACUUCAUAUGUUGCACUCUGCAGUUUUCUAAAAAAUCUUAAAGGAAAUCACUUUAAAUUAUGCUAACUUAAGCAUCAAAGAAUUCUAAAAUUUGCUUGCAUUGAACGAACAAGAUACCUUUAAAACCAUCUAAAAAUUGAACUGGAAGACAGAUGAGUAAUAAUUUGUUUAUCCAGAUGCUAAGUAUUUGAUGGACAAGGAGAAAUUUAAGCAAAUUAACGAAGAAUAAAUUGAUUAGAUUACUAAGUUAGUAUCUUUCUUAGAUUCUCUCUAGUGA